AUGGAGAGGGCGAAAGAGAAGAAGAGAGAGAAGGGAAAGGAGCCGGAGAAAGAGAAAAUGCGGGGAAAAGGAAAGGAAAAGGAGAAAAGGAAGGAGGUGGAGAAGAAGAAAAGUAAGGAAAAAGUAAAGGAGAAAGAGAAGGAAGAGAAAAGGAGUAAAGAGGAAGAAAAGAGGAAAGAGCAGGAGACAGAGAAGGAACAAUUUAAGGGAAAAGAAAAGAAAGAGAAGGACAACAACAGCAUCUUGACGAAGCCCCCGCUGGAGCCGCGGGAGAAAAAUAAGCAGAUCCUAGUGUUGGGCCUGGAUGGAGCAGGAAAGACCAGCGUUCUCCACUCUCUAGCUUUCAACAGAGUCCAGCACAGUGUGGCACCCACCCACGGUUUCAACGCAGUGUGCAUCAACACUGAAGACAGCCAGAUGGAGUUCCUGGAGAUUGGCGGCAGCGAACCUUUCCGUUCCUACUGGGAAAUGUACCUGUCCAGGGGAUUGCUGCUGGUCUUUGUGGUGGAUUCAGCAGAUCACAACAGAUUACCUGAAGCCAAGAAACACCUUCAUCAACUAAUUGGAACAAACCCAAUCCUUCCUCUGGUUGUGUUUGCAAACAAACAGGAUCUUGAAGCCGCCUAUCGCAUUACAGAUAUCCAUGAAGCUCUGGCAUUAUCUGAGGUGGGAAACGACAGGAAGGUGUUCUUGUUUGGAACCCAAGUGACUGAGAAUGGCUCAGAGAUACCCUCCGCCAUGCAAGAUGCCAGAGACUUAAUUGCACACUUGGCUGCAGACAUGCAGUGACCCAGCCCAGGCCCACUGUGGGGCUCACAAUCCAACUGUCACCAGGGGGCGUUGGCGGCGGCCUAGAAGCCAAAGACUUCCACCUUCAAAUAAAAAAUAAGCCAUUUCCUACUUUCUCAAUGCACAGAAUAUAUACAAAGAUAAUGUUAAUUGAUUAAGAGCAUCUAUUUAUUUAGAUUUUGAACUUGAAAAAUAUUGGUAAAAACAAUGUAUUUGGGGGGAUUAGGGUUUUUAAUCAACAAAAUUAAAGUGAACAUUAGCGAGCAUUCAUCCCAUCUGUAGUUUUUCAAAGGCAUGAGAUUUAUAUUAAAAUAUUUUAAUUUUCUCUUUUCAAG